AUGAAGAUUGUUACAGUAAAAGAGAGCAUGCAGCGACCUCCAUCAGACACAAACUUUGAUAUGUUCACGACCAGCAGUGAACCCGAGCUUCAGCUAGAGGAACUCCAGAGCGUACUGGUUUCUGACGAGAACGGACCAAUCCCCAUGGAGACAGACCGGAAGUCGAGGUCCGCAAAAGAGGCUAUUUCUGACGCUGUAGGCGGGAUUCGAGAUGAUUCUAGAAGAUUCUAUAAGUUUGUCAAGAAACACAUUCAUCUACGCAGAAAGGAAAAGUUCACUGCCGUGAAAAAUAUUCAUAUCGAACCGGAAUACGAUGAAACCACGUGGGCAAGAAGGUCAGCAAGUAGUGCCGCCUCGCGGUCAAGUGUAGACUCAGCCACAUCGACGGACAGUAGUUCCAGUAGCGCAAGGGACAGUAGUUUGGAAAUAGUGCAUGAUAUGGAAAAUGAAUUUGGUCUAGAAAUAAUCCAUACAUGA